AUGCACGAUUAUGAUCUAGGGGCAAGUGAAGACUUUGACUGUCGAUUUGGAGAGGACAUCAGUCACCUGUUAAUAGCCCUGGUGCCACCACCCUCUCUCCUAAUCAUUACUAUUUCUGUCUGUGGUAGAGGUGUAGAAUUGGUGGGGUGGGAUGAACCGUGCUCCUGGUGGAAGCAGAGGAACCAAGCAGGAACCAUCGCCAGUACAGUGGUAGCAGUUAGACUGACCAUUGCUGCUGCAGGAUUUGCAGCCCAUUACGCUUUGCAAGACCUGAAGCAUAUGGAGCCUCAAGUGAAACAAGUUUUUCAAAGUCUACCGAAAUCUGCCUUCAGUGGUGGCUAUUACAGAGGUGGGUUUGAACCCAACCUGACAAAAUGGGAAGCAGCAUUAAUACUAGGUUUAAACCCUACUGCCAAUAAAGGAAAUAGAGACGCUCAUUGACAAAUUAUGCUUUUAAAUCACCCAGACAAGGCAGGAUCUCCUUAUAUAGCAGCCAAAAUCAAUGAAGCUAAAGAUUUACUAGAAGAUGAAGCUAAAAAAUGA